UCCAUGGCAGAUAAGGAGGUUGAGGAAAUUGUGUUGGUAAGUGACAAUACUGAGGGUUCUAGUAGCGGCGAUGACAACUGUUUUGGUGGAGGAUUGUUGCCUGAACCGGUUAGGGGUGUAAGGAACUGCGGUCGGCCUCCUAAUUUUGUGACCAAGCUCUACGAGUUGGUUAGUAACAAAGACACCGACUCCAUCAUCUCAUGGGUUCCGAACCAAGUUCCUGGUGGUGCUACAAGUUUUGCUAUUUGGAAUGAAGUGGACUUCAUUAACAAUGUCCUCCCUUUGAUGUCAAAGAGUAAUAAUUUUGAUAGCUUCAUUACCCAAGUACACAAUUAUGGAUUCAAGAAGGUUUCUUGGGAUCGUCGCGAGUAUGCAAACGAGUGGUUCCAAGAGGGAAAACCACGUUUGUUGAAGCACAUUAAGAGAAGAAACAAGAAGAAUUCAUCUGAGAAGGAGAAAUUGGAAAAUGAAAUAAAAAAGCUUGAGAGUGAAUCCAAAGAAGUUGAUGAUGAGUUACAUGCGUUUAAAGCGUACGUAGAUAACACUAUAUCUAGCCAGCAAAAAAUCCUUCAAGCCAUAGCAAAUACUAUGAAAUCGAUCUUUGAUCACCAUCGUUCUCAUAAGGAGGUUGUAAGCAGUGAUAAUGACGCAAAUGGUUUGGCUUUGGUUGGGCAACAAAAUCACGAAACAAGCGAGCUAGGUGAAUCAAGCUUUACUCCAAGUUGUGAGAUUCUGACCGAAGAGGUGAACACAAAUUUGCAAUGAACACAUCAAAUUUAACUUGCUUGAUGAUGUAUUCUGGAACUCGUGUUUAUGUAAGGUUUUAAACUAGUUUAGUAACGAUGUUAACGUUUCUUCUUCUAGUUUUAUGUGUUUUAUUUAACAAAAUAUUAAUACAUAUUUGGCUAA